CGCCCAGCGUGGAGCGGGGAAGCACCAGCCCGCCGCACUGCCGCCGCCGGGAGCCACGAGCGCCGCCACCCCCGAGCCCCAGCCCGCCGCCGCCGCCGCAUUCCCCCAGAAACAAUAGGCUUGAGUUACCAUGGUAGAAGCAGCCCUGAGGAGUAGCGGUACAGCAGAGGAAAACAGAAGCAGCUUCUGGUAAACAUGAUUCCUGUUACCGAAUUUCGUCAGUUCUCUGAACAGCAGCCGGCAUUCAGAGUACUGAAGCCAUGGUGGGAUGUGUUUACGGACUAUCUCUCAGUAGCCAUGCUGAUGAUUGGUGUAUUUGGAUGUACUUUACAGGUUAUGCAAGACAAGAUAAUAUGCCUUCCAAAAAGAAUACAGCCUUCACAGAACCACGCUCACAUUCCUAAUGUGUCUAAUGCAGUCCCAAAUACAACCCCACUUCCUCCACCCAAACCAUCCACUACUCCUGCCACUGUUGAAAUGAAAGGACUAAAGACUGAUUUAGACCUUCAGCAGUAUAGCUUUAUAAACCAAAUGUGCUAUGAACGUGCCCUGCAUUGGUAUGCAAAGUACUUCCCUUACCUUGUCCUUAUACAUACUCUGAUCUUCAUGCUAUGUAGUAACUUCUGGUUCAAAUUCCCUGGAUCAAGCUCAAAAAUUGAACACUUCAUUUCCAUAUUGGGGAAAUGUUUUGAUUCUCCCUGGACAACAAGGGCAUUAUCUGAAGUGUCUGGGGAAGACUCAGAAGAGAAGGACAACAGGAAGAACAACAUAAGCAGGUCAAAUACUAUCCAACCUAGCACAGAAGGCACUUUGGUCAAGACUCAGUCUUUAAAAUCGAUACCUGAAAAGUUUGUUGUAGAUAAGGGGACAGCAGGGGCACUGGAUAAAAAAGAAGGAGAACAGGCAAAAGCAUUGUUUGAAAAGGUGAAGAAAUUCCGACUGCAUGUUGAAGAAAGUGAUCUGCUCUAUGCUAUGUAUGUUCGUCAGACUGUACUUAAAGUUAUUAAAUUCCUUAUCAUUAUUGCUUACAAUAGUGCACUAGUUUCAGAAGUUCAAUUUACAGUAGACUGUAAUGUUGACAUUCAGGACAUGACAGGAUAUAAGAAUUUUUCUUGUAAUCAUACCAUGGCACAUCUAUUCUCUAAACUUUCCUUCUGCUACCUGUGCUUUGUAAGCAUCUAUGGACUAACAUGCCUUUACACUUUAUAUUGGUUGUUCUAUCGUUCACUAAAGGAAUAUUCUUUUGAAUAUGUUCGGCAAGAGACUGGAAUUGAUGAUAUCCCAGAUGUUAAGAAUGACUUUGCUUUUAUGCUUCACAUGAUAGAUCAAUAUGACCCUCUUUAUUCAAAGAGAUUUGCAGUGUUCCUGUCUGAAGUCAGUGAAAACAAGCUGAAACAGCUGAACUUAAACAAUGAAUGGACUGCGGAUAAAUUGAGACAGAGGCUACAAACAAAUGCAUAUAACCGGCUAGAACUGCAGCUCUUCAUGCUUUCUGGACUUCCAGACACUGUUUUUGAAAUUACAGAGCUGCAGUCUUUAAAACUUGAAAUAAUUAAUAAUGUUAUGAUACCAGCAACCAUUGCACAGUUGGAUAAUCUCCAAGAGCUCUCUUUGUACCAGUGUUCUGUGAAGAUCCACAGUGCUGCCUUGGCUUUUCUGAAGGAAAAUCUGAAGAUCUUGAGUGUCAAGUUUGAUGACAUCAGAGAGCUUCCACAUUGGAUGUAUGGGCUCAGAAAUUUAGAAGAGCUCUACUUAAUUGGUUCUCUCAGUCAUGAUAUUUCCAAAAACAUUACUCUUGAGUCUUUUCGGGAACUUAAAAGCCUUAAAAUUCUCUACAUUAAAAGCAAUGUAUCCAAAAUCCCACAAUCUGCAGUUGAUGUUUCAAGUCAUCUUCAAAAAAUGUGUAUCCAUAACGAUGGCACCAAAUUAGUGAUGCUCAAUAACCUGAAGAAAAUGGUUAACUUGACAGAGUUGGAGCUGGUUCACUGUGAUUUGGAGCGCAUACCUCAUGCAGUUUUUAGCCUUCUCAGUCUCCAGGAAUUGGAUUUAAAGGAAAACAACCUCAAAUCAAUAGAAGAAAUAGUUAGUUUUCAAUAUCUGAGAAAACUUACAAUCCUAAAACUGUGGUACAACAGUAUAACAUAUAUCCCAGAGCAUAUAAAGAAACUCACUAGCCUAGAGCGUCUUUCCUUUAGUCACAACAAAAUAGAGGUUCUUCCAUCCCACCUAUUCCUAUGCAACAAAAUCAGAUACUUAGACUUGUCUUACAAUGACAUACGAUUUAUUCCACCGGAAAUAGGAGUGCUGCAAAGUUUACAGUAUUUUUCCAUCACUUGUAACAAAGUGGAGAGUGUGCCAGAUGAAUUAUACUUUUGCAAAAAACUUAAGACUCUCAAGAUUGGGAAAAAUAAUUUGUCAGUCCUUUCACCUAAAAUUGGUAAUUUAGUAUUCCUCUCCUAUUUGGAUAUUAAAGGCAAUCACUUUGAAAUUCUCCCGCCUGAACUUGGUGAGUGUAGGGCUUUGAAGCGGACUGGCUUGGUUGUAGAAGACACUUUGUUUGAAACUUUGCCUUCUGAUGUUAGAGAGCAGAUGAAAGCUGAAUAAUUAACUUCCUUUUACUCAGUUUUACAGAAAGAUGCUUCUACCAAAUACACUAUAUAAAUAAUUUGAUAGUCUGAGUAUGCCUUUAUUGAUGUGUUUAUUUUAUUUUUUCUUUUGUCCUUUUAACACAAAACUAUCUGUACAAACAAAUGUGGAGUAAGGAAUAUAUAUAUAUUUUUAAAUAAAAAUUUACUUGUAUUUUUUCACAGUUUAAAAAUAUUUUAAAGUUUAUUUUGCCCUGAUAACAAAAGAGUGUUUGAAAAAUUAUUUUGUACUGGCAAAAGCUAAUGGUUAGAUCAACUGUUUCUUAAUUUUGGCUAGAAGGGGAUGGUGUGUUUCCAACUGUCUACCUUGAGUAGCAUAUUUUUUUUAAUAGAUGAAUGUAUCAUCUGCUGGGCCAUUGUUAAUGCCUUAGGAUCUGAUUUUCUAGGGGUUGAUUCUGUGAGAUGUUGAGCAGCCUCAACCCUUAUUUUCAUCAAUCGGCGUUGAAGGUGCCCAGAACCUCACAAAACCUGACCUUGAUUAAAUGUCCUUUUGUUGAGACUCUACACGUACCAACUAUUCUCCCAAGUGGUCAAAGUGGCCUAAGGAAAUUAGGUGCACAACUUCCAUUGAAAGUCAAUGGGCACCUAACUCCCUUAUGCCCCUCUAGAAAUCUCAGCCUCCAUCUCAUGCAGUAUGCUGAACAGAACACAUCUGCUGUCAUUAUUCUUCAGAACUGAACACGUAAGGCUACGAUUUUCAGAGUAGUAUAGGAGAGUCAAUCCUGGAAGGAUUCAAGUUUGAGAUUUUAAAAGAAGUGCAGGAGUUGAACAGAAGGUAUGUGACUAAGUCAGUGCUUUGAAAAUCUCAACCCAGAUCUUUACAUUCUGCAAGGUGAAGAUGAAAUACCACAGUCAGGGAGCUCUCCCUCCCAUCCCCCAACCAAGGGCCUAUUCUUACACAGUGGUGAAUGCCUUCAACUUCCACUGAAUUCAAUCCCCUCCCCUCGCCAUUCCCCUCCUACCCCCUACAGGGUGUUUGGCAUCUCAUAUGACUGAACUGUUUGGGGCUCAGGAUCAUUGCAGUUACCUUUGGUCUGUGAAGCUUUUGACCAGGAAACAUAAAUGCUUCCAGGAGCUAAGAAGCUCUGCAGUGGGCUUGGUAGCGUAUUUCCAGGCUUGGCGGAGGAGCCUUACAGAUUUUCAGAAACCAGAUUAAAUAAAAAAAAAAAUCUAAUAUUAACAUGUCAAGUCUCAGCAUAGCAGAGGCUGGUGGUGAAAGCCACAUUUGUUUUAAUUUUCCAGCUAGUAAUUAAAUUGAAAAUUGUACAAUUGGAAGCCUGCUUUUUAAAAUAAUUUAAUCAUCUGUAAUAGGCUGACAUGAUAGUGCAUCAGGUUGGGAAUUUUAUCAGCUAAAUCUGUGUUAAGUUAUUUUGUCAACUACUCCUGCCAUUUACUUUCUCAUGGGCUGGUCGGGCAGGUGUUGUCCAUUUUAAUUCUAUGUGCUAUUCAAAAGCUAAUUUAAGCCUAAUAAAAAAAAUAAUUUAAAAUUUCCCCGGGCGUCUCCUCUUCCCCUGUAUGUUUGAAUCACAAUGCAGGCACUGGAUAAUUGGUAGCAGAUAACUAGAAAUAAGUACUUCCUUUGAAAGGGCAGUCAUGCUGUUUGUAAACUGCAGAGGCUUGGCUGCUAAUUUUAAAAAGUUAUGUGAAACAAUUACUAGGUGGUUAUCAGGGUAUUUGCUCUUUGUUGCCAGUAUUGCAUGUGUGGCUUGCACUACAGUUAAUUUAAGUUUUGGGUCUUGGUACAGAAGCAUGUUGUUGCUUUAAGAAUCUGACAUAUGGGGGUGGGAGAGAUGAAGAAAAAUAAUGUUUUCCCCAUUAAUCCAGGGUGUACUAUGUAGUUCAGUACGAAUACUUGCCAUAGUACCAAAGUCAGACUUACUUUUACCAUAUGAUUAAUGAGAUGGGUUGGAUGUGAAGGAACCAAAGCACGCUUUUUAAAAGGUUCAGUUUAGCUCUAUAAUUGAUCUAUUGCAAGGGCUACUUUUAUUUAUAUAUGGAAUGCACUUACAAGAACUGCUUCACAGUAUAAGUACUCUAAAUGUGCUUCAGUUGGAUGUGAUUUGGGAGAGAGAAAUGUUUCAUUGCUUGUAUGAACCUAAUUAUGUAAACCCAAGUGCUGUAGUUCCUGAUGAAUGUAAAUUGUUUAAAAUGUCCAAGUAAUUAGUGAAUCUGUAUCGUUAUCUUACUUAGAUCUGAAAUAGGAGAUUACAUUAGGGUUGAUAAAAAAUCUUUACAAUGUCUAUAUUCUUAGACAUAGCAUUUCAAAAACAUGAUUUAUUUUGUGUCUAUUGUUGUCUCCCUUGUAUAGUGCAGUGUAUAUUCUGAAUGGAAAUUACACACACCUUUUAGCUAAAGUUUUGAAGGCCUGGCCUACACACAGUUCUUGUACUGCUAUAACUAUGUCAGUUAGGGACGUGAUUAUUUAUCUAUUAUAGUUGUACCAGUACAACCUCUAGUGCAGUGGCUCUCAAUCUUUCCAGACUACUGUACCCUUUCAGGAGUCUGAUUUGUCUUGUGUACCCCCAGGUUUCACCUCACUUAAAAAUUACUUGCUUACAAAAU